GCAGGAUAGUUUAAAGGCGCCGGGCCUGAGGGAGCAGAAAACUAGGGGUGUUGGCCAGCGCUGGGUGGAUGCCGGUUGUAGCCGCUGGCAGCGCCCCCUCCUGCCACUCACACACUCCAACCCCGGCGAAUGGAGAAGUCACUCGGGCCAAAGGACUGUGGGCUAUCAGACCUCUUGCCCAGUCUGAAACAACCAAUGGAGGCUCCUCUGCAAACCGGAAUGGUGUUGGGCGUCAUGAUCGGGGCCGGAUUGGCCGUGCUGGUCACCGCCGUACUCAUCCUCCUGGUGGUGCGGAGACUGCGGGUGCAGAAAACUCCAGCCCCAGAGGGCCCCCGGUAUCGGUUCCGGAAGCGGGACAAAGUGCUUUUCUAUGGCCGGAAGAUUAUGCGGAAGGUGUCACAGUCUACUUCCUCCCUGGUGGAUGCAUCAGUCUCCACCACUUCCCGACCCCGCAUCAAGAAGAAACUCAAGAUGCUUAACAUUGCAAAGAAGAUCUUGCGGAUCCAGAAGGAGACCCCGACCCUACAGCGGAAGGAACCCCCGCCCUCGGUUCUGGAGGCUGACCUCACAGAGGGUGACCUAGCCAAUUCCCACCUACCCUCUGAGGUGCUGUACAUGUUGAAGAACGUUCGGGUGCUGGGUCACUUUGAGAAACCACUCUUCUUGGAGCUCUGUCGGCACAUGGUCUUCCAGCGUCUGGGACAGGGUGACUACGUUUUCCGGCCAGGCCAACCAGAUGCCAGCAUCUACGUGGUUCAGGAUGGGCUGCUGGAGCUCUGCCUGCCAGGGCCUGACGGGAAGGAAUGUGUGGUGAAGGAAGUGGUCCCUGGAGACAGUGUCAACAGCCUUCUGAGCAUCCUGGAUGUCAUCACUGGUCACCAGCAUCCUCAGAGGACCGUAUCUGCUCGGGCUGCCCGGGAUUCCACAGUGCUGCGACUUCCAGUGGAAGCCUUUUCAGCUGUCUUCACUAAGUACCCUGAGAGCUUGGUGCGGGUGGUGCAGAUCAUCAUGGUAAGGCUGCAGAGAGUCACCUUUCUGGCACUUCACAACUACCUGGGUUUGACCAAUGAACUCUUCAGCCAUGAGAUCCAGCCGCUUCGCCUGUUCCCCAGCCCUGGCCUUCCAACCCGUACCAGUCCUGUGCGUGGGUCUAAGCGCAUGGUCAGUACCUCGGCUACUGAGGAGGCCACAAGGGAGACCUCCGGGCGUCCACCUGACCCCACUGGAGCCCCUCUGCCUGGACCUGCAGGGGAUCCUGUGAAGCCUACGUCCCUAGACACUCCAUCAGCCCCUCUGCUGAGCCGUUGCAUCUCCAUGCCAGUGGACAUCUCAGGCUUGCAAGGUGGGCCCCGUUCAGACUUUGACAUGGCCUAUGAACGGGGUCGGAUCUCUGUGUCCCUGCAAGAAGAGGCCUCCGGGGGACCCCAGACAGCCCCUGCUCGGACACCCACUCAGGAGCCACGGGAACAGCCAGCAGGUGCGUGUGAAUAUAGUUACUGUGAAGACGAGUCGGCCACAGGUGGCUGUCCUUUCGGGCCCUACCAAGGCCGCCAGACCAGCAGCAUCUUUGAGGCCGCAAAGCGAGAGCUGGCUAAGCUGAUGCGGAUUGAGGACCCCUCUCUCCUGAACAGCAGAGUCCUGCUGCAUCACGCCAAAGCUGGCACCAUCAUCGCCCGCCAGGGGGACCAGGAUGUGAGCUUGCACUUCGUUCUCUGGGGCUGCCUGCACGUUUACCAGCGCAUGAUCGACAAGGCGGAGGAAGUGUGCCUCUUCGUGGCGCAGCCUGGGGAGCUGGUGGGGCAGCUGGCAGUACUCACCGGGGAACCCCUCAUCUUCACACUACGUGCCCAGAGGGACUGCACCUUCCUGAGGAUCUCCAAAUCCGACUUCUACGAGAUCAUGCGUGCACAGCCCAGUGUGGUGCUGAGCGCGGCGCACACAGUGGCCGCCAGGAUGUCGCCCUUCGUGCGCCAGAUGGACUUUGCCAUAGACUGGACAGCUGUGGAGGCCGGUCGUGCACUUUACAGGCAGGGUGACCGCUCUGACUGCACCUACAUCGUGCUCAAUGGGCGGCUCCGCAGUGUCAUCCAACGAGGCAGUGGCAAGAAGGAGCUAGUGGGAGAGUAUGGCCGUGGGGACCUCAUCGGUGUGGUGGAGGCGCUCACCCGGCAGCCCCGAGCCACCACGGUGCACGCGGUGCGCGACACGGAGCUGGCCAAACUCCCGGAGGGCACCUUAGGCCACAUCAAACGUCGGUACCCACAGGUCGUAACUCGACUCAUCCACCUGCUGAGCCAGAAAAUUCUAGGCAAUCUGCAGCAGCUGCAGGGACCCUUCCCAGCAGGCUCUGGACUCAGUGUCCCGCAACACUCAGAACUCACCAACCCAGCCAGCAACCUGUCCACUGUGGCCAUCCUCCCCGUGUGUGCCGAGGUCCCCAUGAUGGCCUUCACCCUGGAACUGCAGCAUGCUCUGCAAGCCAUUGGUCCCACACUCCUCCUGAACAGUGACAUCAUCCGGGCGCGCCUGGGGGCCUCUGUGUUAGAUAGCAUCCAAGAGUUCCGGCUAUCAGGGUGGCUGGCCCAGCAGGAAGAUGCACAUCGCAUAGUCCUCUACCAAACAGAUACCUCGCUGACACCCUGGACCGUGCGCUGCCUGCGCCAGGCCGACUGCAUCCUCAUUGUGGGCCUGGGUGACCAGGAACCCACAGUUGGCCAGCUGGAGCAGAUGCUGGAGAACACGGCCGUGCGAGCCCUAAAGCAGCUGGUCUUACUACACCGAGAGGAAGGCCCGGGCCCCACACGCACCGUAGAGUGGCUCAACAUGCGCAGUUGGUGCUCAGGGCACCUGCAUCUACGCUGUCCUCGCCGCCUUUUUUCCCGCCGCAGCCCUGCUAAACUGCACGAGCUAUAUGAAAAGGUUUUCUCCAGGCGUGCCGACCGGCACAGCGACUUUUCACGGUUGGCUCGAGUCCUCACAGGAAACACUAUUGCCUUGGUGCUGGGUGGGGGCGGAGCCAGAGGCUGCUCACAUAUUGGGGUGCUGAAGGCAUUAGAAGAGGCAGGGGUACCAGUCGACCUUGUGGGUGGCACAUCUAUCGGCUCCUUCAUCGGGGCCCUGUAUGCAGAGGAACGCAGCGCCAGCAGAACGAAACAGCGGGCCCGGGAAUGGGCCAAGGGUAUGACUUCUGUCCUGGAGCCUGUAUUGGACCUCACAUACCCAGUCACCUCCAUGUUCACGGGCUCAGCCUUUAACCGCAGUAUCCACCGUGUUUUCCAGGAUAAACAGAUCGAGGACCUAUGGCUGCCUUACUUCAACGUCACCACAGACAUUACUGCUUCAGCCAUGCGUGUCCAUAAAGAUGGCUCACUGUGGCGCUAUGUGCGUGCCAGCAUGACGCUCUCUGGCUACCUGCCCCCGCUGUGCGACCCGAAGGAUGGGCACCUGCUCAUGGACGGCGGCUACAUCAACAACCUGCCAGCGGACAUCGCCCGAAGCAUGGGUGCCAAAACUGUCAUCGCCAUUGAUGUGGGGAGCCAGGAUGAAACAGACCUCAGCACCUAUGGGGACAGCCUGUCUGGUUGGUGGCUGCUGUGGAAACGGCUAAACCCAUGGGCAGAUAAAGUGAAGGUCCCAGACAUGGCUGAGAUCCAGUCUCGCCUGGCUUAUGUGUCCUGUGUGCGGCAGCUGGAGGUGGUCAAGUCCAGCUCCUACUGCGAGUACCUGCGCCCACCCAUCGACUGCUUCAAGACCAUGGACUUUGGAAAGUUCGAUCAGAUCUAUGAUGUGGGAUACCAGUAUGGGAAGGCUGUGUUUGGAGGCUGGACCCGUGGUGAAGUCAUUGAGAAAAUGCUCACAGACCGGAGGUCUACAGACCUUAAUGAGAGCCGCCGUGCAGACAUACUGGCUUUCCCAAGCUCUGGUUUCACUGACUUGGCGGAGAUUGUGUCCCGGAUUGAGCCCCCCACGAGCUACGUCUCUGAUGGCUGUGCUGAUGGGGAGGAGUCAGAUUGUUUGACAGAGUACGAGGAAGAUGCAGGACCAGAGUGCUCAAGGGAUGAAGGGGGCUCCCCGGAGGGUGCCAGCCCCAGCACCACCUCAGAAGUGUGUGUGGUCUGUCCCCACAGGAGGAAGAGAAGUCAGUGCUCCGGCAACGACGCUUUCUGCCUCAGGAGCCCCCCAGUUCAGUGGCAGAUGCCUGAGGACCUCAACGGGGGACCCCGUCCCUGGACUAGGUUUCAGAUGGGCCUGUGGGGGAGCUCGAACCUGUUCACCUGCUGCUAUAACUGUGACACUUCCUGGGCCCUGCCCCCUUAGCCCUGAAGCCCACUCACUGGACUGGCUUGCUCUAUCCCUGAGGGGAGGGCAGAACUGCACUGAUAACCUUGGACCAACUAUGUCACCCCAUCCCCCAGUAAACUAUGACCUCUUGGAAGCA